UAUACGAACAACUUCUUUAUCACACAUGCUGCACCAAAAGAACUUCUGAAGCUGCAAAAAGUAUUCUCGGAAAUGGCGAGUUUGAGUCGCUUGGAAAAGUUUGGCACGUUAUUCACGAGGGUUCGUGAUUUAAUGCGAGCUGGUGUGAUGAAAGAGGCCGAUAAACCAUUAUGGUACGACGUGAUGGCAGCGUUCCCGCCAAGAGAUGAGCCAACGUAUCACAGAGAAUACACACAUGAUUUCUUACCUCAGAUCUUAUAUGAAGAGGAUAAAUUACGAUCCCAAUUCUACAAAGUCUAUGGGAAUCACAUGUCAAUGGAUUUGACCAAUCAAGACAGUGUCAAUCGAUCUCCAUGCCACAGGUUUAUCACCAAGUACAAUGAGUUACAGACUGAAGGAAACACAGAUCCAGAGCAGUUAUUUGAAGCAACGGCGUCAGCCUUAGCUCAGGAUGGACUCGUACUUACCAAGCAAAGUGAAAGAAGGCAAAGGAAACAGAAAGUUGAUGCAAAACCAGAAGUUGGCUCCGUCAAAGGAUUAGCGCUGCUUCUACAAAAUGCCCUAGAGACCCAAGACAAUCCACCAGAGGGUGCUUCUAUCGCAUCUUCACCUGCAUCACAAGAAGUUGAGAAAGAUGAAAGAUGAUAGAGGGAUGAGGUCCGGCUGCUAAGAUAACAAGAUGGACAACUUGUUUUUGUUGUCAUGUUACCAUAGCAACAUGGCUGUGAGGUUGUAGUGGGCAGCACAUCAAAUCAGUGUUCCUCCUGAAGCGCAAUCUUUGUCACUCAAACUACGUGUUAGCGAUUCGGACAUUAUGAUUCAUGUAAUUGC